CUGAUUUGCCGUAGUUGUAGUUUGUUGGUUCAGAACUGAAUCAGACACUGCUGAAAUAUAAGUGGAAUAAACAGCUAGCUACAUAAUCAUAUCAUGAGUCGAUCGUACAAUGACGAGUUACAAUAUUUGGACAAGAUUGACAAGAACUGCUGGCGAAUCAAGAAAGGAUUCGUCCCAAAUAUGCAGGUGGAAGGAGUGUUUUACGUCAACGAGUCCCUGGAGAAGCUGAUGUUUGAGGAGCUGCGUAACGCGUGUAAAGGAGGAGGUUUUGGUGGGUUUCUCCCUGCCAUGAAACAGAUUGGAAACGUUGCAGCUCUACCGGGUAUAGUCCAUAAGUCCAUCGGCCUGCCAGACUGCCACUCAGGGUAUGGGUUCGCCAUUGGAAACAUGGCUGCCUUCGACAUGAGCGACCCCAACGCUGUCGUAUCCCCAGGUGGUGUGGGGUUUGAUAUUAACUGUGGAGUGCGUCUACUAAGGACCAACCUAGACGAGGGAGACGUCCAGCCUGUCAAGGAGCAGCUGGCUCAGGCCCUGUUUGACCACAUCCCUGUAGGAGUCGGCUCCAAGGGAGUCAUCCCUAUGACCGCCAAGGAUCUAGAGGAGGCUCUAGAGAUGGGAGUGGACUGGUCCCUCAGAGAAGGCUAUGCCUGGGCAGAGGAUAAGGAGCACUGUGAGGAGUAUGGCAGGAUGCUGCAGGCCGACCCCAACAAGGUCUCCUCCAAGGCCAAGAAGAGAGGCCUGCCUCAGCUGGGUACUCUGGGGGCAGGGAACCACUACGCUGAGAUCCAGGUGGUGGAUGAGAUCUAUAAUGACCUGUCCUUAUUCCAGCUGGGUACUCUGGGGGCAGGGAACCACUACGCUGAGAUCUAUAAUGACCUGUCCUUAUUCCAGCUGGGUACUCUGGGGGCAGGGAACCACUACGCUGAGAUCCAGGUGGUGGAUGAGCUCUAUAAUGACCUGUCCUUAUUCCAGCUGGGUACUCUGGGGGCAGGGAACCACUACGCUGAGAUCCAGGUGGUGGAUGAGAUCUAUAAUGACCUGUCCUUAUUCCAGCUGGGUACUCUGGGGGCAGGGAACCACUACGCUGAGAUCCAGGUGGUGGAUGAGAUCUAUAAUGACCUGUCCUUAUUCCAGCUGGGUACUCUGGGGGCAGGGAACCACUACGCUGAGAUCCAGGUGGUGGAUGAGAUCUAUAAUGACUAUGCUGCUAAGAAGAUGGGCAUCGACCACAAGGGCCAGGUGUGUGUGAUGAUCCACAGUGGCAGCAGGGGGCUGGGCCACCAGGUGGCGACAGAUGCCCUGGUUGCCAUGGAGAAGGCGAUGAAGCGAGACAAGAUCCAGGUGAACGAUCGUCAGCUGGCGUGCGCCCGUAUCUUUUCAGAGGAGGGACAAGACUACCUGAAAGGAAUGGCCGCCGCCGGCAACUAUGCCUGGGUCAACCGUUCCUCUAUGACCUUCCUCACACGACAGGCGUUUGCCAAGGUGUUCACCACCACUCCUGAUGACCUGGACAUGCAUGUGAUCUAUGACGUGUCUCAUAACAUCGCCAAGGUGGAGGAACACAUGGUAGAUGGGAAACAGAAGACUCUACUGCUGCAUCGCAAGGGAUCCACCCGGGCCUUCCCUCCACACCACCCCCUCAUCCCUGUAGACUACCAGCUGACAGGCCAGCCGGUGUUGAUCGGGGGCACGAUGGGCACCUGCAGUUACGUCCUGACGGGCACGGAACAGGGCAUGACGGAGACCUUCGGCACCACCUGCCACGGCGCGGGUCGGGCUCUGUCUCGGGCCAAAUCCCGCAGGAACAUCGACUUCCAGGACGUGUUGGACAAGCUGGCCGACAAGGGUAUCGCCAUCAGGGUGGCUUCACCCAAACUAGUCAUGGAAGAGGCUCCGGAGUCGUACAAAAACGUGUGUGAUGUCGUCAACACGUGUCACGAUGCCGGAAUCAGCAAGAAAGCCAUCAAACUACGACCCAUCGCUGUGAUCAAGGGAUAAGGCUGCACCACUCUGCUAGUGACGCCAUUGGCCAUGGCACUCCCUCCAGGAGCCAAUCACCAGGCAGACAGCUGGCGGAGGAGCCAAUGGGGAAGUGUCUAGACUGCGAGUGAGCAUGUCCGUCUUCAAAUCUUCAGAGACUGACUUGACAAGGGAUCGGUUUCCCUCCGCUCCACUUCCUGUUUAUGACCAGUAUGAUUAUUUUGACAUGGGGGGGUGAUUUGUCCGUUGAGUGAUCAAUUUAAUUGGACCGGAUGGGCUCUUUAAAUAUUGUAAAGUCUGAGAGGGUGAAGUGUCUUGGGUUUACUUUUCAUUCAUGGCAAAAUCACUGUGGAAUAUAACCUUGAGAUUCAGGUUAACCACAGAUAAUAAAAUACAAGACGACAGAUUUAA